AUGGCUAUGACAUUUUUUGUAGCCUUGAUUUUGACUAUCUAUCAUCAGUUAGUAACUCCUUGCUGCAGAAUCACUCCUGAUCACCGCUACUUUGGCUAUUCUUACUAUCUGAUCGAUGGAGUGAGAAACUCGGCCUAUAUCAUUAGUAUAGGAAUUGACAUUGUGGUAUCUGUUUGCAGUGGAAUCUCAUACAUUGCUCUGAUUGCCUUUGUAAUGAAGAGAGUUCGUGCUCAUAAUGCUGCUUCCAGAAAAGAAAUAAGGUGCUUCAUACAAUUUUUUCUGAUGUUCGUCUCUUAUGCAAUCGUAUGGGUGACGUUCUUCUCCUUCCCCGCAAUAGAUCCUCGAAAUGGCUCUCAGAUUACUGAAGAUGAAACAAUUAUACACAAAUACGACCUCAGUACCUAUGCAGCGUACUUCGGCAAGAUCUACUGUGACACCAAUCAAGGAUAA